UGCCGUCAGCCUUUGUGGAACUAAAUGCCCCGGUGGCGCUGAAGGACGUGGAGCUGGUUUGAACUAGAGUCAAAUUAACAGAGCAGAAACGCAUCCGUUCUGGUCCGUUUCAUUAGGAUAUUGCAGCAGUUUCCCAAAAACUGCGAAUCGCAAACGCUACCUCAGUUCCCCCUUUCCCCUCCAACUGCCUACCCCCUGAUAUUCUCUCGUCCCUCAGUCUGUCUUCGAUUCUUCACACACAGACCCUUCCCUCACCAUUUAGCUUGGCAUAGAGCCCCCUUUGCCCACCCCUUUCCCUUUGCCUGCUUUCUUAAUUUUGCUUCCUUCCUCUCCAGAAGGCAGCUCUAAUGACACCACAGGAAAGCCCGUAACCCCCCCAUCCUAAGGGCGGGAGCUGGUUCUGCUCCGCCGAGAUGGAGUCCAUCAUCUCCUUGGAUGACUUAGCGUGCGCGGCGUCACAAGGUGGCAGCGAUGUCAGGAACAGGAACCGCAGAUGCCGGAGCAGCAAGAGCAUGAGGAGGGAACGUGACUACUGACUAUCGCAGUCAACAUGUCGACUCCCACGGGUCAUGCGAGGCAUUCUUGGGCUUCUGGGACCACCUGCUCGUCCGCUUGCAGCUGGCACUCGUCAUGCUCCUCACCUCUUGGCGUUGGCACCCACACUCGCCUAUGGGACAACCCAGGCACCCACAGCCACCUCUGGGGCAGUCGGGGCACCCAGGCCCCGAUGUGGGCCAACCCCGGCAGCCAGCCAUGGCCGGCCCUGAGCAUGGACGAGACGCCGUGGUCGCUGCCGCACCACUUGGGGGGCGACGACGCCGGGGCGGGCCCGGAGGAGUCGCCUUGGUCCCUGCCACACCACCUCAGCGCCGGGGGGAUGCUUCGCCCGCAGGACACCACCACCGCCGUCGUGGUGCGGGCGGCGCGGGCGCGAAGGCCGUCCGUCUUGGCUGCCCUCCUCUCCCUGGAAUCCCCCGCGCCAGGCCUCUCCUUGACGCCCAUCCUUGGCGCCUACGCGACGGACCCCCCCGCCGCCCCCUCGCUCACCCUCACUGCCCCGAGUUCCUUCUUCUCGGGGUACUACGAGGAUGACCUGCCUCCCGCCCCAGGCCCCGCCAAGGUCGGCGGGAACGGCUGCGAGGGCGAGGUGUGCGGAGAUCUGGAGGGCGGGGGCGUGUCGGCCAUGGUUCUGGCCGUGCCCACCAAGUUGGAGGCCCUCGUCAAGUUCCUGGCUCAGUCCCUGCACCUGGUACUGACGACCGUGUGCUCCAGGAAAGCCCGGCGGAAGGACCGUGACAAUCCCGCUGCACUCGAACAGGAGCACAAGUUAUAUCUGGAGGAAGCUGUUCUUGAGAGGAAGAUACCUGAGACUGAUCUCAGGCAACUUGUGGAGUUACCUCCAGGACUUGGAUAUGAGGAGUGGUUGGCAUCUCAUACAAUCGACUUCUUCCAGCAUAUCAACUUGCUGUAUGGGACAGUGUGCGAGUAUUGCACGCUCAGUGGGUGCCCAGACAUGACGGGGCCCACCACACGACAGUACCUCUGGUUUGAUGAGAAGGGAAAGAAGACUAGGGUUGCAGCACCACAGUAUGUCGACUAUGUGAUGACGUUCACCCAGAAGACCAUCAAUGAUGAGUCCAUCUUCCCAACUAAGUUUGGUAAAUGUGUAGAGAUUUAAGUUAACUGCAGUGGU